UCACUACCGAACCUUCGCUGGCGUCGCAUCCGCUGCGACCACAAUCUUCACUCAAAGGAAAUUUAUAAGCUUUGUCCCCCGGUCUUCACUUACCUGCAAGGGAACUCUGCAAGCCGAACUUUUCUGUGAUAAGAAGGUACUGCUGCUGCGCGGAAGUAAGAGUUAAGAUGAGCAAGAAACGAACAAUUAAGGAGGCGACUGAAGCUUCCACUUCCGCCGACCCAGAACCUAAAGGCGAAGAGAAGCGCCAGAAGACUGGUCCGGGAGACGCCGAGGUCGCCUCCGCUGCCAAGACCCUGAGGGAACUCGCCGCCGAGCUGCAGCCCGUGUCGGAGCGGCUGGCGGCCCUGGCUACGCGCUACUACGAGGCGGGUCCGCGGCUGAGGGGCGUGGCGCGGCUGUGCGAGCGCGUCUUCGCGGAGACGGCGCUCUGGGCAGAGCGGGCGAAGCGGACGUACCGGACAGUGCAGGGCGCGCGCGGCCGGGAGACCAAGGACCAGCUGUUGGAGGACGAGGGCGACGUCGCGGACAAGAAGCGUGCGCUUUCGGCAUUGGCGAGUAAGCAGCCCCUGACGGAGGGCGAGGGAGCCGCCCUUCGCUCAGCCUUCAGGAGGAUCGUGUCUCGGAUGGACAAGAAUCUCCGGAAAACGGGGGUGAAGGAGUGGAUAACAGAUCCAGUGACGCAGAUCACACAAGAGGAGCUGGGCCUGGUCGAGUUCAACCGCAUUUUCGUAAGCAACCAGAGCGAAAUCUUGGAGGAGCUGGCCAAGGACUUGCUCACCGACCCGGACCCCACUCUGCACAUUCCGUUGCCUUACACCAAGUACUUCAG